AGUUCUGGAAACUGAAAGCCAUCUUCUUCUUCCCCAACAAAGUAACUCCGGGACAGCCUGCAGUUAAAACAGAGAUUUUUAUGACCCCUUAAGAAUCAUGUUUAGACGCCCAGAAAUUUGUUCUUAGGCUUUCAUCUUUCUUCAUUUUUGUAAUGUUUACAUGGCUUAUAAGACCCGAAUCGUCCCAAUCUUCUUCUCCAUUACAACCCAUUUCUUCUUUUUGAUCAUCGAUUCAGCGUCUUCCCAGCAAACCCUGACCAUUGAGUCUAGAUCGAAUCAAGUAACAUCAGAAGAUUGCAAUAACGGUUGGAUCUACAUCAGGAACCUCCCAUCUAGGUUCAAUCUCGAUCUACUUAACAACUGUUCUGAAUACCCACUUUUUGAUGACUUUUGUCCUUACUUAGCGAACCAUGGGUUAGGACAGAAAACCCAUGGCAGAUCCCAUAGUUGGUACCGUACCGACCCUUUGUUGCUUGAACUCAUUUUCCAUAGAAGAAUCCUGGAAUGCCCUUGUCUCACUAAUGAUCCUGAUGUUGCGAAUGCCAUCUUUCUUCCUUACUACGCCGCCAUUGAUUCGUUGAGAUAUUUGUAUGGUCCUGAUGUGAAUUCCAGCUUCCAACAUGGGUUGGAUUUGUUCGAGUUCUUGCAAUCCGAUGAACCAGGAAUCUGGGAACGGAAUAUGGGUCAUGAUCAUUUCCUGAUUAUGGCUAGACCUGCUUGGGAUUUCUCUCAGCCAUUGGAUAAUGAUCCUCCAAUAUGGGGAACUUCUUUUCUUGAAUUGCCCGAGUUUUACAACCUCACUGCCUUGGUUCCCGAGGGAAGACCUUGGCCAUUGCAGGAGCAUGCCGUGCCUUAUCCUACAUCGUUUCAUCCCCAAAAUUUGGCCUACUUCGAGGCUUGGAUUCAACGGGUGAAGAGAUCCAGAAGGACUAGUUUGAUGUUGUUCGCUGGUGGCGGAGGAAUCGGAUCAACCCCAAAUAUCAGGAGGAGUAUAAGGAACGAAUGUGAGAACAGUACCAUCAACAACAUCACCAGCAAUUUCAACAUCAUUCAAAGAAAUGGGAUGUACUCAAAGUUAUGCCAUAUGGUGGAUUGCUCUAAUGGGAUAUGCGAGCAUGAUCCGAUAAGGUUCAUGAAGCCUAUGCUUCAAGCAACCUUUUGUUUACAGCCUCCUGGGGACACUCCAACAAGAAGGUCUACUUUUGAUGCAAUCACUGCAGGUUGCAUACCAGUUUUCUUUGAAGAAUUGACUGCCAAAUUGCAAUACGAAUGGCAUUUGCCGGCGGAUAAGUAUUCCGAGUUCUCGGUGUUCAUACCAAAGGAGGAAGUGGUUUUUAAGGUAAAGAUUUUGGAUGUGUUAAUGGAGAUACCAAGGAGUGAAGUAAGGAAGAUGAGGCAAUCUGUCAUCGAAUUGAUCCCUAAAGUUAUGUAUAGAAGGCAUGAUAGCUCAUCGGAUUUGAGGUCCAAGAAGGAUGCAUUUGAUAUUGCAAUAGAUAGAGCCUUGCAAACGAUCAAAGAUAAGCUUGGUACACGUUAGAACAUUGACAAUGUUAGAUGUGUUGUUUUCUAUAUCAUUUUAUCAUUAUAGAACUUCAGAUUCUGCAACUAUGGUGAACUUGUUGAUGUCCACAUACAGGCUGAAUCAUGAUUUGUAAGAAAGUUUGUGUUGUUCCUGA